UAUUUCUAUACUCAUUGUUUCCUUGUCAUGCCUAAUACAGAUAUCACUGUAUCUCAAUUUCUGUAUAUGCGAUAUCGUGCAUGAUACUACUGGUAUAAGAUAUGAUGGUAUGAUAUGUUGAACAAUGCGGAUUUCUCAUCAGAACAAUUGACACCGAGUGCAAAUUUGAACGAGAGUACAUAGGGAAAUGAAAUUUUAUGAAAAUACACAAAUAAGUUCAGAAUAGAGCAGGCGGGGAAGUAACACGCCGCACUCAUCAUAUUCUACCAUAUGGGACGCAUAGACGGAAAUAUACGAAUACUUCCAGGAAACAUAGAAAUUGCGUAGAUAAAUGAAACACAUAUAUGCUAUGGAUACUCCGUAUACAACGAUUUAUUGUCCAUUAUUUGCGAUGACAGUCCUAACCCAUCUUUAUAGAUUGACCCAUGCUGACCAAUGUACCGGGAACAUGAAUUGCAGUAACAGACAGGAAGGCGAUUGUAUUGCGUGUAGAUGUCCUCUUGGAUUCAUUGGAACAAAUUGUGAGAAACAGUGUCCUUAUCCUGGCUAUGGAGAACAUUGCCAAAUGACGUGCAAUUGUGAGGAACAGUAUUGUAAUCAUACAACAGGGUGUCAAGCUGGAUCGCCAACACUACCACCAAUUGUUCGAAGUACAACUUCUUCACAUAUUAUGUCUUCAAUCAAUCCAACCACUAAAGAAUGUUCACCAGGAUACACAGGGAACAACUGUGAUAUUCCAUGUCGAUAUCCGAGUUAUGGAGUCAGUUGUCAACUGGAAUGUAAUUGUACGGAAGGGAAUUGCCAUUUCCAAACUGGAUGCAUUGAUCACACGACUGCUGAGGAUGAAGAGAAACCAUCAUGUAAUGAUACACAAAGUGGAAGAACCAUGAGAAGGGAGUCACUUGAGUAUGGUGUUGCUGUUCUUGGUCCCGUGGCUGUAAUCCAGUUCUCAGCGUAUUUCUGUUUACGUUAUUUAUACAGACCUGCUGUAUAUGAAAUCAACCACCUGUGAUAAUGUAUUUUCUAACUUCAUCACCACACUGCAAUGUUGCUUAGCAGUGUGAUAUAUUUGUGCUGCGUUUCUUCGUUUGAUAUGUUACGUAUGUGUUAUUUUAAUCUAGACAUGUUGGCAAUAUACACAAUCAAACUCUUUUAAGAGACAGUUACUGUUCAAGGUCGUAACUGUAAAGCAUAAAUCAGCAUCGAUUUGAAGACAUUUCUUUUUAGAAUCCCCCAAAUUGUCACGAUACCGUUAAACGCUUACCUAAGAUCAGUAAUGGGCUGUCAUUACACGUUGUUGAAGGGGAUUUUAUUUCUCCUAAAGCCAAUAUGAAUAUACCCGUAAUUGGAGAAAUCAAUGAAUUUUGAUUUAACUAAAAUUCCCUCACCAAAUAUGUGUUUCAUGACCCGCCAAAAUAAGAUCGAAUAUCCCAAUCUUCUAAUCAACGAACAAAGCAUGAUAUUCUACAAUUAUAGCAGUUUUAUUAUAACAAUGCUAAAUUUCCCAGAACAUUUUGACAUAAUUAGAAGAAACUUUGAGGGACAGUUCCAUGGCACAUACAUUAUGCUUAAAAUUCAAAUCAGCAGACACAAAAAGAAACCUUGUUUCAUAGAAUUUGUUGUCACUUUAACAUACCUCUGUAAACAUAUCACAAUUAUAUUGUUUUAUGCAUUUAGUUUGUCAAUACAACCUAUCAGGUGAUAUCUGACAUGUUUCAUACCGAUCAAUAGGCCGUUCUUGACACACUGGCUGGUUUUAACUACGGAACACUUUUUAUUGAUUUAAGCCUAUCCGAAUAUAAAAUAUUAAAAUUGAAAUAAUUGAUAAAACUGAAGUAACACAUAGAUCGAUCGUAGGUUUUAGAAGUUUAUUGUAACAUGUAUUAUUUUAGGCUUAGUUUUCAAACCCACAUUCCUACUCUCUAACAGUCUAUCACAACAUUCGUUUUCAUCAAAAUCCUACUCAAACUCUUGAAUCACACUUACUCUCUUCAUCAUCCAUUCUUGCAUCUAUUAUUUUACUAUCCCCAACAUUCUCAUAUAAUACUUUUUUAUGUCUCUAUCUCUCAUAUUCAGUUUCACUUCAGUUUCAAUCUCAAUCUCAAUCUGAUCUGUAUCAUAUUUUAGCAUAGAAACGCUCUACUGCCUUUAUACGAUGGAAUCUUAAAUUGUCGUGGUCUGUUACUCCUGAGUUCGGAAACCAGUUCAGUCAGUGACAAAAUUCUCAGCAUUCCUACACUCACCUACCCCAUGAAUCAGGCACAGGUAACAUGUUAAUUUUGACAUUAGCUUGCAACCAGUCUCUCCCGUCUUUCCAAUAUCUAAAUUCUCUUUUCAAUUUUCAUAUCUAGUCUUAUCAUUUUCCGCAUCACCUUUCAAAACUUUUUGAGGCUUGACCCGAUUUUGCCCCUGAUGUAACUUUAAUCGGCCAAAAUGUCACACUUUCGUGUUGUGUUAUACACGGUGUAGUUUGCCUGGUUCCCUGUCCCUACUAUAAUGAUCCACGUUGCCUUUGUCAGUGAGCCAGGCAACCAGGCAGAUGGUAAAGUUUCACUUGGAGAUCCUCGAGUGGCUUCCACAUCGCAUUAUAUUGUAUAAAACACUGUGUAGUGAAGUCACCCGACAAUUACCGAUGUAUAUCGUGAGAAACGACUCUGUAUGCAGACUGUUUAUGUGGUAGCAUUGCCAUUUUGUUUGUUUGAUUUGUUUUCUUUAUAAACCAAUAUGAGGGCGAUAA